CACACAUUCUUCAGACCUAUAAAUUACACACAACCUGCUAUAGGAGGUCAAGAUCGAGCAACAGUAUCGGAUAGCCAGAGCACGUGCGGUGGAUGGUAAAAUGGCUGCUACAACGGGAAAGCGUAUCGUGCUCGCCAAAGCUUUUGAUGGUGAUGUUACGGAGAGAAAUUUUCGCAUAGAAUCUAUUCAGGUUGACGCUCCUCAAGAUGGAGAGGUGUUGCUUGAAGCUGUUUAUCUCACAGUCGAUCCCUAUAUGAGAGUAUGGGGGAUCCAGGAAGGCGAGCUGAUGGUUGGAGAACAAGUGGCCAAGGUUCUGGCGAGUCGGGAUAAGAAUAUCGCCGUCGGUUCCUUGGUACAGGCACAAAGUGGAUGGACAACACAUUCCGUCGCCAAAGGAAGUGACGUCACACCGAUACCGUCAUUUACGUCACCCGAUUGGCCAAAAUCACUUGCACUCGGUGUGUUAGGUAUGCCUGGAAAAACGGCCUACUUUGGGUUCCUGGACAGCUGUCGUCCUAAAUCAGGCGAAACUGUGGUGGUCAGUGGAGCCGCUGGAGCAGUGGGUGCCGUAGUGGGACAGAUAGCCAAAAUAAAGGGAUGUAAAGUGAUUGGUUUUGCCGGGUCUGAUAAGAAGGUCCAAUACCUGAAGGAGAUCGGAUAUGACGUAGCAAUUAACUAUAAGACUAUGGGAGACCUGGACAAGACUCUCAAAGAAGCGGCACCCAAAGGCAUCGAUUGUUACUUCGAUAACGUUGGUGGAGAGUUUUCGAGUACUGUGUUAUACAACAUGAAUGUUAAAGGCCGUGUAUGUGUGUGUGGGUCUAUUAGUGCUUACAACGCCAAGGUCCGCCCAAAAGCGAGUAUUGUCCAACCAGCGAUAAAUCGGCAACGUUUAUCAGUUCAAGGUAUGAUGGUGUAUGAUUAUAAGGAGAGGUUCCCGGAAGCCUUGAAAGACAUGAUGGAGUGGAUCCAACAGGGUAAACUCAAGUACCAAGAACACGUCACGAAUGGAUUUCAGAAUACCCCCAAGGCUUUCAUGCAACUUUUCACAGGAGAAAACUUUGGAAAGGCCAUCAUCAAAAUAUAGUCCUCUCUGGGUACCUGCGGAUAGGCCACGCCGAAAAUGCCGCCCACCGUCAACUAUUCCUAUAACUAUUACACUCUAUAAAUUUCAAGGAUUUAUAAAUACACGCAGAUCAGCAUUUAGUGACAACUGACCAGCCAAAUUACUUUAAAGGAUUAACCUUUAUUGAUUACUUGAAGUCAUAUGUUAAAAUCCAAAAAGUUUCUAAUUUGAAUCGAAUAUUGGUCACUAUUCGUCUGUUGAUUUCUGAACU